UUCUGUUAAGCUCUCUACAUCGCUCCCAUCCAUCACUCCUCUGUGAGGCGCCCAUAGAUCUGAGUAAGAUCAUGUCACAGGAGGAUAAUCACCCACUAGCACGUGCAGAAUGCAGGUAGGUGUGUCCAGUCCUACGUGUCUCCAGUCCAGCUCCGGACUCACACCAAGGUGAGGGAUUCUUGCUCUAGCCUCUGCUGGUCCUGUUGCCGCAGGACAUUCAGAGUUCUGCGUGGUCAAGAGUCAACUGCAUCCAGCCAACCAAGCAGCCCAGCAGCCAGCAGGUUGGCCAGGUGGUAUGUUGCCUGGGGACAUUCAGAGACUGCCAGGGGGCAGAAGCCAACUGCGACGACCCUCCCAGACCCCUUAUUCAGACAGGGGACCACCGAGGAAGACCAGAAAGAAGCUCCAGGUUAUCAUCUGUGUACUGCUUGUGGAGCUUUGUGAAAGAUUCACUUUCUUUGGGAUUGUAUGCAACAUGAUUAUCUUCUGCACUGUGAAGCUGGGCUACAAUAACUACUUGGCUGCGACAGUCAACCUGUGCUUUGUUGGAGCCAGCACCCUGACCCCUGUUCUGGCUGGGUGGUUUGCAGAAACCUGCUUGGGAAGGACCAAAGUGCUCUACUUGUGUGCUUUCCUUCAUUUCUUUGGCACAGCCAUGCUGCCCGUGGUGGCAUUCCCGUUCGAAGAUUUCUACAUUGAUACUCAUCACAUGACGCACCAGCUGGAACAUCGGGAGCAGCAGAUCUUGUUCUACACCGGCCUCCUGGCUGCUGCACUGGGUAUCGGUGGUAUCCGGGCCAUCCUCUGUCCCAUGGGAGCUUACAGCCUGCAGGGUUACAAUCAGCACCAGCUCCUGUCCUUCUUUAACUGGUUCUACUGGUUGGUCAACUUGAACUCCACUGUGGUGUUUCUGGGUAUUGCCUAUAUCCAGCAAUCUGUGGCUAACAAUCUGGGCUUCCUUAUCCCGUUCACCUCUGUGCUGCUGGCUCUACUGGCCAUACACAUGAUACGGAGCAAACUCACCUAUAAACCCAAGAAAGGUGGAUCAUUGCUGACCACACUGGGGGUUUUCUUGAACUCUUUCAAGAUGUGCUGCCUCCACUAUCGCCACCUGAGUGGAGAUGUAGCAUCUUGGUUGGACCGUGCCAAGGAGAACAAUGGUGGACGUUACAGCGAAACACAUGUAGAGAACGUCAAAGUCUUGGCCAAGCUCUUCCCUCUUUAUGGGCUUCAGCUGCUAUACAGAGCCUGCAUCACACAGAUUCCCUCAGGUUACUACAUACAGACGAUGAACUCAAACCUUCACCUGAGCAACCUCCUGUUGCCUAUCGGGGCCAUGAAUGUGAUCAGCAUCCUCCCUCUGCUGCUCUUAGCCCCAGUGAUUGAGUGUGUGACAACUUGUUACCUCUCCAUGGAUAAAACUCCUCUGGCUCCUGCAAAAGUCAUCACUCUGGGCCAUGCAUGUGCCACUUUGUCUGUCCUGGCGGCAGGUUUGUCUGAGCUGCAGAGGAAGGCUUAUCCUCUGGUGGAGCAGACUCUGUCUGGAAAAGUUCUGCAAGUGUCGUCCAUGCCGUGUUUCCAGCUGGCCCCUCAGUAUAUCCUACUCGGACUUGCAGAGGCUCUUGUCACCCCUGCAUGUUCCCUCAUAUCUUUCCAACUGACUCCGAGCCACAUCAGAGGGAUCUCCCUGCACUUCCUCACUCUGUCCUAUGGAGGGGGCUGCUUUCUCGGAGCUUUCCUCAUUCAGCUUGUGUACUUUCUCUCUGGAGGUAACUUCUACCCAAACACACUGCGUGACGGGAAUCUGGAGAGAUUCUUCUUCCUCCUGGCCACACUGAUGGCUAUAAACACCCUUGUGUGUUGGAGUGUAUCUUACAGGUACAUAGACCUGAGUGUGCAGGGUAAAGCACUGACCAUCAGCCCUCUGACAGAGAAGCUGCUGCAUUACAAGGCCUGUCUGCGCUUCUACGACACUGUGGAUCGCUCCUACACAACAGCCUCUAUUGAAUCUAUUUUAUGACUGUCUUCAUCAUGAUGUCUGUCAGUGGCGCUGGCGCUGCAUGUUACUAUGUCAAAAUGUCUAGCUUGGGAAAUUGUGAGCUGAACUG